GAGCAGACAACAACCGCAUCCCAUCUACCCAUCACCACUCACAACCCACCCAAUCUACAAUCCCAAAAAGCUUAUCAAAAUGUCCUUCCUCUUCGGCGGCCGCCCCCAAAUCUCCUCGGAGGCAAAGAUCGCGCAAGCAGAGGCGGAAAUCGACAUGGUAUCCGAUAUGUUCUCGCGCCUCGUCAACUCCUGCUCCAAAAAAUGCCUGGACCGCGACUACCGCGAACCGGACCUCAACAAAGGCGAGUCCGUGUGCCUCGACCGCUGCGUGUCCAAGUUCUUCGAGGUCAACGUCAAGGUCUCGGAGAAAAUGCAGGGGGAGGCGAGUGCGAAUGCGGCGGGGGGGUCGCCGUUUGGGAUAUAGACUGCUCUGCGGACGUUGCGUGUACAUUCGGGAUAUUGAGGGUCGGAAGGGUGUGAAGAUUGAGGAGCGCAAGAGCCUGAGGCCUGAGGCAACUGGAAGCGGGGCGGGGAGUGGAAGAGUGGGAGAGAGGUUGGAUGCGCUGUAUGCGGAUACCGGGAGGGAUUGGGACGGGAACUCUGCUCUGCUUGUACUGGGAGUUAUGGGAUGUGCAAAAUUAAGGAAAUGAGGGAUGUCGGGCCUGGCUGGCUACGACGACCAGUGUGGGAUGGAAAUGGAUCGGGUCAUGCCUGAAUGUAUAAUAUUAGGGAGCACUGAUGAGCUCCCACAGUCAAUUGGAGACUUUUCUCUGCGUCACAUCUCUAGCAUCUGCGAUCUGAGCUCUUGUAUGACCGUUCAAUUUCUAGGUUCACGUUACUCCAUACCAGGUUCCUUCACUUUCUCUCAUAUAUCAUAAGUCACGUGAGAC